UUUCUUUCAUGAGAAUAGGGAACUAUCCUUAACUAUCUUAUGCUGGGAAUAUAAAAAUAUUGUUCCAGGAUAUGUUCUGCUAUCCUUUUCACGGGUGAAUAAUAUUUCUCAAAAGUCUAAAGUCAUUUUUAAUCUAAAUUAAGAUUUUUAAAAAGUUCUGAAGAAAAGUUUGUUAAGGAAAUGAAAGCGUCCUUGAGAAGCUUAACUCUCUCCAAUUCUAGCCUGAGCCAUCGUACUAUCUUGUGUAACAUUUUCUUUGCUAAAUUAGGGAUAGUUUUUACGACUAAAAAGCGUCUUAACUAUCCAUAUCAAGUGCUUUCUGAUCCUAUCAAGCACUUAUUUAUGCCGACCUACCAGACCCUUUAGAGAAAGAUGAGAGGUAACCCCCUUUGAUUAGUCUGAGAGAGUAAGCCAAAGUUGCUUCUAAGAGAAGACUCUGCUCUGGUUCUUCUUAGUGUGAGGAGUAAGAGCUCAUUUAGUACAAAUGAAAUGGUGUGAUUUG